AUUAAUCGAAUGGAUCAAACUAGAGAAAGUUUAUUAUGCAGAUUCAUAGUGAAUUUAGAUUAAGAAGAAAAAAAACCAGAUAGAUUAUUUUUUCAUUUACAAAAUGCGUAUUGGUAUUAUUUAGAUUUCUUGAAUCCAGAAGAUAAAAUGUCAUAAACAGAAUUCUAUUCGUGGCUUUUGAAUUCAUUAUGUGAAUAUAAUGAAAUAAGAGGGAACCUUAAACAGUAGAGAAUUUAAAUAAUAAAAGUUAUCUUAAGCAAUUCAAAUAAUAUCAAAAACAUAUCCCUUUAUAUGGAGCGAUACUUUUGAAUGAAAGUCUGGAUAGUGUGUUGUUAGUUAUGAAUUACAAUUAGACAGUAUAUAGUUUUCCAAAAGGGAAAGUAAAUAAGAAUGAGUCAGGUGUUGAAUGUGCAAUAAGGGAAGUAUGGGAAGAAGUAGGUUAUGACAUUUCAAAAAAGAUUAGUGAUAAAGUAUGACAUUGAGUAAGUUAGGAUUAUUUGGAAUUUAUUUGUGAAGAUACUGGAUAACCUUAAAGAAUGUAUAUAAUAUGUGGAGUGAGUGAGGAUCAUAAAUUCACAACAAGUACUCGUUUUGAGAUUGGAUGCAUCUAGUAAAUAAAAUCUUCAUAUUUAAGAUGGGUUUAAAUAAAAGAUAUUUAAAGAGGAGAUUCCGCUUAUGUAUAUUUGAAUCCCUUUAUCUAAGGAUUACAAAAAUACAUUUAACAUAAAAAAUAAUUAGAAAAAAGUAAGGUGAAGAAUAGCAGCUAAACUAUCGAAUAGGAUUUAAUAAGUUAGAUGAUUGAUAAGACAUAGGAAAUAUUAAAGUCAUUUAAGAAUUCUUUAAAAUAAGAAUAACCAAGAUAAUUGUAAUAACCAUAAUUUUAGUAAUUCAAAUUAAUUAUUGCUUGA